AUGUCGAACCCAUCGAGACCAAUCGUUUUUAUGGAUAUCAACAUUGGGGAAACUCCUGCCGGACGGUUAAAGAUGGAACUAUUUAAUGAUAUUGUACCAAAGACUGCAGAGAAUUUUCGGCAAUUGUGUACUGGGGAACACCGUAUAAACUCUCGUCCUCAGGGCUACAAAGGGGCCACCUUCCAUCGGUGGGUUUGUUACGCAGUUCGCGACUUUAUGGUACAAGGAGGUGACUUCCUAAACGGCGACGGGACGGGCUCGUUCUCAAUAUAUGGUGAUAAAUUCCCGGACGAGAACUUCCAGAUGAAGCACACUGGACCUGGCUUAUUGUCGAUGGCCAAUUCAGGGCCCAAUACUAAUGGAUGUCAGUUUUUCAUCACCGCGGCAGCUUGCGAUUUCCUCGACGGGAAACACGUUGUAUUCGGAAAAGUAAUUGACGGAAUUCUAACACUCCGUAAGAUCGAAAACGUAGCUACAGGUCCCAACAAUCGACCAAAACUCACAGUUAAAAUCACCGGACUUGGGUUCUUGACGGGCCUUGUUGCCUCGCAGUUGGCACUCGUUGCUGCGCAAAACCCAAAAUACACGAUUGCCCAAGACUUCAGUGGGUCUAAAUUCUUCGAUGGCUGGUCCUUUACCAACGGCAAUGACGCAAAGAACUAUGGCAAUGUUGCGUACCUCGCAAAGGAUGUGGCUAUGGCACAGCAGUUGGUUUAUCUCAAUGCAGCUGGUAAUGCUAUUAUUAAGGUGGAUAAUACCACAGUAGGAAGCCCUCAGGAUCCGGCAUACGGACGUGCGUCGGUCAAGAUGAACACCACUGAGCCCUUCACCAAGGGAAGCCUUGUCGUUAUGGACGCUCUUCACUUUCCGUAUGGUUGCUCUGUCUGGCCAGCUUAUUGGAGCCAGGGUAGCCCCGAGAACGAAUGGCCGCGCUUCGGUGAAAUUGAUAUCGUCGAGAAUGUUAACCUGGCCCCUGUCAAUCAAAUGUCUCUUCACACUAGCCAAGGAUGCACCCUGGCCUCAGACACGCAAGUCACUGGAAGGAUUGUCUCCAACGACUGCUACAAUAACACCAAUGGGAACCAAGGUUGUAUCAUUCAAAUGCCGGAUAAUUCCUUUGGGGAAAGUUUUGCUAGAAAUGGAGGAGGCGUCUAUGCUGUUGAGUGGUCAUCCACUGGCAAUGGAAUUCGCGCCUGGUUUUUCCCCAGGAGUUCGAUUCCUGCCGAUUUAACCAGUGCCAACCCCAACCCAAGCACUUGGGGUACCCCAACCGCGGCCUGGCCCGAGAGUGGAUGCGAUACGAGCAAGUUCUUUGGUCCUCAGACCUUGAUCAUUAACAUUUCGAUUUGUGGCGCAUACGCCGGUGCGACCAGUGUUUUCGAGUCUACCUGUCCCAAUCAAGGUUCCUGUCUCGACCUGGUUCGCAACCCUCGCAACUAUGAUAACGCCUACUUUGAGAUCGCUUAUGUCCGUAUUUAUUCUGAGUACGCCUUUAGUUUCAAUGUCUUGGACAAUAGCUCAUCGGUUUGGAACAAUUCUAGCGGCACAUCUAGCACUAUUACCUCCACUAGUCAGUCUGGCUCUGCCACCAAGACCCAGUCCGGAGCCAAUGCUACAGGGACUACCGGAUCCACCAACGGUGCGAUCUAUCAUUCUGCAGGAUUCAUCCCAGCCGCGCUUUCUCUUAUUGCUGGUGCAUGGAUUUCUGCUUAG